UGAUUAAUUGUACUGGUGUGCUCGAUAUUUUUUUUCGCACGUUGAUUGAGAUAAAAACAAGGCAUACAAAUUUGAGAAAUAACACAUUCAAUCAUCAUUUCUCCUUUCUCAAGAGUGCAUCUGCAGCAAGGCAUUCCUUGACUUCAAUCCGGUCCGAUUCCAACCUGAUAUGACCUAUUACCUCCUCUAGGCUAAACCAAUUGUCCAAAUCCCAACCAAACCCGAUCCUCUCAUUUCACCUGCCGAUCUAAUCCCAGCCAUGGACUAUUCACAUCAGUGAAGUAUCUAAUUUAGCCUGUGUGUCAAGUAUGACCUGCUGCUUGACCUCAGCCUUCUGGACAGCAUAAAAAGACCACAAGAAAACAGCAGCAAUCUCCAAAAGUCACCCCCUCCCGUCUACACGGUCACCCAAUUCUUGUCUCUCUCCCACCAACUCCAGAGUUCAAAAUUUUAGCACCGCCACCAACUCUAGGAGCACAGCAUGUAACAUUAUUUUUAUCUUUCACAUAUCAAAUCCAAGUACUAAAAGAUACCAAAAAAAAAGAUGUUCCCUAUCACGAGCACAGCACGUGCCACCCCAUCCCCGGGCCGGGCAGCCCACCAACCGCGGGCAGCCCACCAACCGGGAAAGCUCCCCCAACAAAAUUAUACCGCUGCUGCUGCCGCCACGCUCCUCUAGAGAGUGGAAAGUAGAAAGUUAAAAACCAACACAUCCCCUGCAACCCACCAAAUCUUAUAUCCGCCCCCUUCUCUCUCCUCUUCUCAUCACUUUCUCUCCGAUUCCAAAAACAAAUCCGGAGAGAGAGCUACGAGGAAAGUUGAGAGAGAGGAGAGGGAAUUUCCAAGAAAGGGACUCCAAUCGCCGGACUGUUGGGAUCCAUGGACAAAUCUCCCGACGGCCGGGGCCGGCGGAGGAGCGGUGGCGGAGGAAAGACGAACCUCGCAUCCUGCGUGGUGGCCACGGUGUUCCUAAUCCUCGUAGCGGCGGCGCUGGUGGCGGUCUUUCUCGUCUUCUUCCGGCCACGGGACCCCAAGAUCCAGGUGGACUCCGUCCAGUUCCCGGGCUUCUCCGCCGCCAACGGGACCGUCAGCUUCACCUUCGCCCAGCACGCCGCGGUGCGCAACCCCAACCGCGCCGCCUUCUCGCACUACGACAGCACGCUCCAGCUCGUCUACGCCGGCAACCAGGUGGGCUUCAUGUUCAUCCCCGCCGGCCAGAUCGACGGCGGCCGCACCCAGCACAUGGCUGCCAGCUUCGCCGUCGAUUCCUUCCCCCUCGCGGUGCCGCCGACGGGGGGCAGCAUGGAGGUGGAUUCCCGGAUGCGGGUCAAGGGGAGGGUCAGGGUCUUGCAGUUCUUCACGCACCACGUGGAGGCCACCGCUGGCUGCCGCGUCGUGGUCUCCGCCGGCGACGGCUCCGUCCUAGGUUUCCGGUGCUGAUAUCAUCCUAUCGGAUUUGGAUCCGAUUAGAUCGGGAAGGAAAUUGUAAAGGAAAAGGGCAAAAAAUGAAGGAAAAAAAAAAGGAUAGAUUUUUGUAGCUCUAUGGGUGUGCUGUAGAAUAGAUAUUUUUUUCCCCCUUGCUAAUUUGACGGCUUUUAUUGCUUUUGUUUUUCGUUCUUUAUUUUGAAGUGCUUUUGCUUUCGGCACCGCUACGUGAUUUCUUGUGCUUUGUUUGGUUAA